AUGCAUCCGCGCAAAAUCGCAUACACACCUCCACGUCGCAGCAAAUGAGCUAGCAAGCUUCAACCUGAACCGUGCUCACCGCCGCGAGCGUCGCCUACGUCGCCACUUAUAAAUGUCUCAAUCUCAUUCGCAUGCUCCUGGACAACCCACUCACAGUCACGGACCGCCACCCAACAUGCAGCAACAGCAGAUGAAAGUCGCGAUGCCUACACCAGAUCCUGUCAUGCAGGCCGUCAUCGAGGCCAGUUUUAUCCCCGUCGACAUCGCGUUCGGGCCCCCCGACAACGUUUCUGCUCUGUGCCAGGAACAUAAGCGAGAUAAAUGCGCAGAGUGCGAGGUCGAUUUCUCUAAUCUUAACCGGAUAUCGUGGCUCUUGAACAUGAACCCCAACCUGCGCUGUCCUCCGCCACCGCAGAUGGUCACGCAGAAGUUGACACAGGCUGUGACGACGAUGAAGGAAGAGGGCAAUGUGAUGCUAUUCUCUCGUUCAUUCCGAUGCUUGUGUGCUGACCAGUUACUCUUAGAACCAAUUCAAAGCAGGACAACACCCGCAAGCCAUUGCGCGGUACAGCAUGGCUCUUCAGCUUGCAAGCCAACGACCGCCCUGGGAAGCAUCCGCACUUGCGCGAGACGAGUUCUCCACUAUCCUGUCCAACCGUUCUGCUGCGUAUUUUGAAGCAGGCGACUACAUUAAUGCCCUCGUUGACGCAGAAGCUGUCAUCCAAAUCAGAAAACAAUGGAGCAAGGGUUACUUCCGGAAGGCAAAGGCACUAUUGCAGCUACAUUCAUAUCAGGAGGCGAAGGAGACUCUUGAGCUUGGGCUGUCGUUUGAAGCUGAAAAUCACGUAUGUCCGUGGUCGCUGGUCCAUCGUUGUUCACUGAAUGGUAUGUCUAGGAGAUGCUUUCGCUGCUUGCUACGGCAGAAAGCCAGCUGCGUUUGCCCCAGACGAAGGAAGUUGCAAAUGCUGUCUCAUGAUUUGCAUAUCUAGUGUACCCUGGAUCCAACACACCAUUUUCCCUCUCGUCCGCAUCCUGUAAUUAUUCGUAUAGCAUUUUUUCUCGUUCCUGGUUGUUUUCGCAACUCAGAUUCUAGCUUGCAUUCUGAUGCAUGAUGGUCUCUCGUUCCUAGCCGCAGCUAAAUGUACGCAUUAUUGAGUACGGACCGCGUAGCAGCCAAUCCGGGCUGCGC